UUGGUGCCAUUGGCAGAAUAAACAUUUCCAGUAGGUGGCAGCAAUGCACUAAAUGGUUUUCGAGUUUCCCAUUCAAAUCCAAAAGAACAAGAGAAUGCGCAUGCGUAGAGAGAAACUCGAGAGAUUAUGCGAGUGUUGAAGUAUGAAACGCAUUAUGAACUCUGGUUUUUUAAUAAUUAGAGUGUAAUGUGUUGGCAGAGAGUUCUUCAGAGACUAAUCUGGUGCCCCUCCCAAAACAUCACUAAUAAAAAUUGGGAAUUUUGCCAUCAUCAUACAAGAGAAGGGAUACUCCAGAUGUUAAAGCUGAGUUCGUUGUGACUGUUAAAGAUGGCGUUUGUUGAAGUAGAGAUUGAGGACACGAGUGAUUCAGAACCAUCCAGAAUCGAUCAUGAAGAUACAGAGGAACAAACAGAUUGGAUGGAAGUGAAAGAGCCAAGACAAGAAUUGAAUGAAGAGGAGGAGGAACAUUGUAACUUGAAAAAGCUGCACACCUGCUCUCGGUGUGGAAAGAGUUUCAGACAUAAAUCAUCUCUCAGGAAUCAUCUCUCUGUUCACUCUGGAAAAAAGCCCUUCGACUGUGAUCAGUGCGGUAAAUAUUUUAGCUCAUUGUCACAUCUCAACAAACACCUAAAAAUUCAUUCAGACGAGAGGCCGUACUUGUGUACCGUUUGUGGAAAGAGUUUUUCACGGCUGGACAGUUGUAAACAGCACCAGAAAAUACAUAAUGAAGUGAGAGACCAUGUGUGCUCGAAGUGUGGGAAGAGCUUUACCACAGUUGGCCAGUUGAAACAACACCAAAUAAUUCAUACUGGAGAAAGACCUUACAAGUGCUCAUAUUGUGACAAGAGUUUCACUCAAUCUGGAAACCUGAAAUCCCACGAGCGAGUUCACACCGGAGAGAAGCCGUACCACUGCACUCAGUGUGAGAAGAGUUUCAAAGAUGCAACCGGUCUCAAAAAUCAUCUGCACCUUCACUCUGGAGAAAUGCCAUUUAACUGUGAGCAUUGUGGGAAAGAUUUUAAUUCAUCAUCAAAUCUGAAAAACCACCUGAAAGUCCAUACGAAUGAGAGGCCUUAUGUGUGUUCUUUCUGUGGCAAGAGUUUUUCACUGCAGGAAAGUUGUAAACUGCACGAGAAAAUACACACGGGUGUGAGAGAUCAAGUGUGUUGUGUGUGUGGGAAGAGCUUCGUUACGCCUGGACAACUGAAACGCCACCAGAUCAUUCAUACUGGAGAAAGACCUUUCAAGUGCUCAUCGUGUGACAAGAGUUUCUCUCUGUCUGCACACCUGAAAUCACACGAGCGCCUUCAUACCGGAGAGAAGCCGUACCACUGCACUCAGUGUGGACAGAGGUUUAGACAUUCAAACUCGGUAGCAAAUCAUAUGAAAAAGCAUUUCCCAAAGUUUCACAGUGAGCAAAAUUCAUCCAUCCAGUUAGUUAGUUUGUAGUGCUUUAUUGGCAUGAAUAAUAUUGUACAUUUGUAUUGCCGAAGUAAUUGCAGUGCUUUUGCAUAACAUUUAAACAGUGCACAAUUAGAAUAUUGCAAAACAACAUGCAGAAAAAUCAAAACUGAUGAAUAUAAGUAAGUGGCACUAGUCACCAUGAAAUCAAAAUGUACAAUUCUUAUAUUUAUGGAAUAUUGCAGUAUUUAUUAUUAAUUAUUUAUUUGUGCACAUCAUUAUUUAAUUUGU